AGUCAGGGAAGGAGGAAUUUCUGGGCGCGGCUUCAGCAGCUGACGUUUCAGUCCUCUCUCUGGACAGUAGCGGUCGGAGGAGGUGGGAGUCUUGGAGAGAAAGAUCGAGAAAAUAUCCCGGUUCCACGCAAGAGGAAUCAGCCAAAAUCCCCGCCCACUUUACAUCAUCGACGUCCGCAUAUCUCACAAGCGGUGGGAUAGCUGCAGGGGACACUAGCGGCGCAGAAGUUACGUCGACGACGGAUAAUGAAAUGAAACUACAAUCUAUUUCUCUCUCGACUCUCUCUACUUGACAUUCGCGCAGGGCGCUCAUGGUCAACCUCAUAAAAGUCGAAAAUCUUCUCGCCCAAACCUCCACCAGGGCUCGUGUCUUGACCUUUGGUGAUGCUGUUUCUUCUGCGCCCAACAAGCAAGAGGUGUCUGCAGUCGGUUGUCAAGAGCAACGGACGUUGAAUCCGAGUUUCAGCAGGUGUUCGAAUUGGAGGAUUCUGGCAAACGACGUGAAGAAUCAGGUCUUGGUUUUUCGCAUCCUUGACCACGACAGGUUCUCAAAGAAUGACCUGAUGGGAACGGUGAUAAUGCCACUGAGGACGCGGAUCUGUAUGAGCGCUGAUGAGGAGACCCUGUUGACCAGAGAAAGGCUGCAUGAAGCAAUUCUCGGCGGGCGAUCUCCUCUUUUCCCUGACGUAGUACUCAUGAAGAAAGGUAAGAAAGGAGGGUGAUCAAUGGAAUAUUCCUGAAGGCUACAAACCUUCGCAAGGCUGAUUAUCUGGGGACUGCGUCAGAUCGGAAAAUAUAGUAGAAGAUAUACAUGAUCCAACGCGAGCAAACGAUAUGACAGGGAAAACGGAGGUCAAGACAAAAACCGCUCGUCCCGAUACUACACGACGUCGUUCCAGUUUGACGUGUCCGGUCUCAACAGCCCGCAACGUCAGCCUCGAAAUAUUGGUCAUGGGACUACUACGACCGGGUUAGCCGAACGACAAGAUGGGCGUGGUUUACGUCGCGGGCAAAUCCACCCAGGAAGUCGGUCGUAAUCACUGGAUGGAGUAUUUCAGUGUCCCUGAGCACCAGACCAGUCACUGGCACACAAUUAUUCAUUACAACUGACUUAAAGCAAGUACUGCCACUGGCAAAACAACAGCUGCAACAAAGGCAACUGCAAGUACAACAACAACAACAAAGGCAAUUAACAUAAACAACAACUGCAUCGACGUCAACGGCAACAAGGAGUCCAAUACUUGCAACCCCCGCCAAACCCCGCCCAGCAACAGCAGUUGCCUGGCAACGGUACAAACACAUCUGACGUGUCAGCAGCCCCCUGAUAAUUAUAGCUAAAGUCGUUUUUUGGCGAUUUGUACGUUUUACUUGUGUGUAUACAGAUGCUUUUAUGUAUUUCAAUCAGUCACGUUUUCAUUUUUGAGGGUUUUAUGCAUCGAUUUUUAGUGAUCAUGAUUGGUAUUUUAUCAGAAGUCAGAUAAUAGGCGCUGAUGCGCAUGCGUACGUGUGGGAUGUUGCCGAAUACGCAUGCGCAAUAGGCAGGAGCGUCUUUGUGCAAGA